AUGAUGAUGAUGAUGUAGUAAAAUCAUUGUUUUCCUGGGGUAAAAGGAUGCCACUCUGCAUGAUUAAACAUUGUACUAUUUUUUGAGAUUUCGUUUGUAUUGAAAUGAAAUCUCGUGGAUGAACAGAGGAAACGCGGACUGAAGCGCGGGAGACAGAGGGGAAAUUGCUCGCAGGUGAUUGGCUGUCGGCUUCGGGCCCAUGUAGGGAUGGACCUUUUGGAUAAAAGGAGAAUUUCUGGGGGGGAAUCGCAUGUAUUUGCACUGGUGGAUUCCUGUGCACAGGGGAAGCGGGGGAACUAUCCUCAAAGGCACCAUGACGGGGAAGGAAGGGGCUGUGUUAUCGGAGAGUUUGAGCAAACCGAAAUUAGUUGAAAACGGAGCGAGCAGCAACCCGCACUUGGCAAAGAGCAUCACCGCGAACGCGCCCAGGUGCACGGGCUUCGGCAUCCAGGAGAUUCUGGGGCUGAAUAAGGAGGCGUCCUCGGCGCCCCGGAGCGCGCUGGACUCCAUCCCCGGGGGCGCGCACUUGCUGGCCGCGCGCUCUGUACUUGGCCCCGCCGCCGUCGGGGUCGGAAUGGGAUUCAUCGGCCCUGGGGGUAUUCCAUCCUUCUACAGACAGCCCACGUUUCUGGAGGUCCUGUCAGACACACAGAACGUCCAUCUCCAACCCCUCAACAAGACAGCGCAUCAGGAGGCCGGACAGUCUGCCAGCUCAGACUCAGAAGAUGUUUCUUCGAGCGAACGAAUAACAUCCAAGUCCUCCCUGGGCCAGUGCAAGAAGCGAAAGAAGAGGCGACAUAGGACAAUAUUCACAUCUUAUCAACUGGAAGAACUGGAGAAAGCUUUUAAUGAAGCGCACUAUCCAGAUGUGUACGCCAGAGAGAUGCUGGCUAUGAAAACUGAACUACCGGAGGACAGAAUACAGGUCUGGUUCCAGAAUCGUCGAGCUAAAUGGAGAAAGCGGGAGAAGUGUUGGGGCCGCAGCAGUGUGAUGGCUGAAUAUGGACUGUAUGGGGCCAUGGUGCGUCACUCCAUUCCUCUUCCAGAGUCUAUACUGAAGUCUGCCAAGGACGGAAUUAUGGAUUCCUGUGCACCUUGGCUACUAGGCACUUCUCUAAAUCCGAAUCCCUCAUCGUUCUUUGCAGGGAUGCACAAGAAAUCGCUGGAGGCAGCAUCAGGCACACCGAGCCGGAAGCCUGACAUGCCUCAGCAUCCAAACAACGCCGACGUUGACGACACUGAUGCCGAGGAGCGAAGGAGCGACUCACCUAUGUCUAAAGAGGAACUGAGGGAGAACAGCAUUGCUGCUCUCAGGGCCAAAGCACAGGAGCACAGUGCCAAAGUGCUGGGGACAGUGACUAACAAGAGACCUGAGCAUAAAACACAGGGGGAAAUGGAUGAGAAGUCCAGCGUGGAACACACUGACUCCCAAGAAGAAAAAGAGAGCUCUUAGAUAUGCACUUAUAACCUUCGGUCCUACAGCAUUGUGUCUUUCUGUAGCUUUCCUUCAAACAAAUCCUGAUUAUCUCUUCUGUAUUUCCUCAGAAACCCACAGGCAAACAGUGGAUCUUGGUCUUACCUAGCUAGCGCUAUUUUCCUGUUCUCACUUCAGCUUCGGCUGUUUUUCUUGAUAAUGUUGAUCGGAAAAUACAGAAAGCAUGACAUGCUAAAGUUUAUUUUUAUUUUAUAACGUACUUGCCACUAAGUGUCAUUUGGUUCCAUAUACAGUGUAAUGCUCGUACAAGAAAUAUCUGUAGCCACAAUCUGGCUUUAUUUCUUUAAACUUACUAAACAUAAGAUUUUUUUUUAUUGUUACUUUCAAAUGAACCAUUUAAAAGAGUUUCUCAUCAAGUCUGUACACUAUAUUUCUUUUAAAAAGCACUUAGUGGUUGGUACACAAGUUGUAUUAGAAUGUAACACUGUACAUAUUGUAAAUAAAAAUAGCUCGCUACAGUAUUGUUUGAAGUACAAUUGAAUGUACUGUAGUCUUAUAAUAUGUGAGGUUCUGUUCUGAGUAAAAUGUUGAUCAGAUUAUUAAAAAAAAAAAACAUCCAAAA